GGAAGAAUCCUGUAAAAAGCGAAGUUUUUUUUCAAGUAAAAUGGUGUUUUCGCUGCUAAGAUGGUUAAUUUUUAUGUCUAAUAAUGAGUGCUGAUAAACGUUCCACUACCAGCAGCCGAAAUAGGAAUAAGAACGCAAUAAACCUUAUAACGCAAGAAAUAAUCCGGUUUAUUGCCGACGAUGUCGAAGUCGACUUUCAAAAGUGUGAGAGCGUCAUUCGUCUUCUGUCUGCAGACAACACCGUGGCGUUUAUUGCAAGAUAUAGACGACAUGAAACUGGAAUUCUUGAUGCACAAAAGAUUCGUUUGAUUCAACAGUCCUUGGAGACAGCGAAGACUAUUGAGAACCGAAAGCAAACAGUCUUAAAAAGUAUCGGCACAAAACUAACCCCAGAAAUACAGCAAAGUCUAAAACAAGCAAGAAGCUUGCAAGACGUGGAAGAUAUUAAUGCACCAUUUAAACCUGGGUCAAAGGGAACUCUCGCUAAUAGAGCCAGAGAACUUGGUUUAGAAAAAGCUGCAGAACUUAUCCGUAGCCAUUCAAAUAUUGAAAACUUAACAUCCUUUGUACAACUAGGGAAAGUAGGCUUGUCCAGCAAUACUGAGGUUAAUAAAGGUGUUCAGCAUAUAAUUGCAGACAAUAUAUCCAAGGAUAAAGAGACAUGUGAUCUGCUCAAACGCAUGUUUGAAGGUCGCCACACUACUAUAGAAACAAAAGUUCUUGUAAAAUGUAAGAAAGAGACAAAGUACAAGGAUUAUCAUGAAAGGUAUCUGAAACUCAAUGAAGCUAAACCUCAUCAGAUUCUGGCAAUUAAUCGGGCUGAAAAAGAGAAAAUUAUACAUGUAAGGUUCAACUUUCCAGAAAACAUUGAACAAAGGUUCAUAUAUGAAGUGGAGAGAAGAAAUAUUUUUUCCACUUAUGGAUCUUCUGGUUUUGUUCGUGGUAUGAUGACUAACUCAUUGAUGGAUGCGUACAACAGGCUGAUGAUACCAAAACUGACGAGGCAAAAAAGGAGUGAAUUGACAAAGAAAGCAGAACGUGAAGCUGUCAAUGUCUUUUCAAGAAAUCUACGUCGACUUCUUUUGACUCCUCCCAUACAAGGCGAAGUUAUUCUCGCUAUCGAUCCUGGCUUUCAACAUGGCUGUAAAAUAGCUGUUGUUAGUGAACAUGGAGCUGUUCUGGAUACAGCCAUUUUGGAUUUGUUGGGAUCUAGUACACGGCUCUGUGAGGAAAGAUUGCAAGGUCUUCUCAUACAACAUAAUUGUCAUACAAUUGCCCUCGGAAAUGGCAAGGGAUGUCGUGAAACAGAGAAUUUUAUUACUCGGAUGAAGAAGGCGGGAAAACUAAAGAAGAAUGUUCGUUACAGUAUCGUUGGCGAAGACGGGGCGUCGAUUUAUAGCGUGUCGAAAGAAGCGCAAAAGGAGAUGCCGAACCUUGACGUGAACCUACGAAGCGCAGUUUCAAUAGCGAGGCGUCUUCAAAAUCCUAUGUUAGAAUUGAUCAAAAUUGAACCAAAACAUCUUGGUGUCGGAAUGUAUCAGCACGACAUCCCUGAGCAACUCUUACAACAAGCAUUGAAUGGCGUUCUUGAGGAUUGUGUUAGCUUGGUCGGUGUUGACUUGAACGCAUCCAGCAUUCAUGCACUAAAGCGAAUUGCUGGUUUAAAUGAACGCAAAGCAAAGGAGAUUAUUGCAUGGCGCGAUUCAAACGGUCCAUUUCGAAGUCGUGAACAAUUAAAGUUAGUUAAAGGUGUUGGGGAGAAGACCUUUGAACAAUGCGCAGGUUUUGUCAGAAUAUUCCAUCAUUCUCCCGAGGAGAUUAUCCCCAUCUCUAAAGAGGACAAUUGUGAGCCGGAAAAUAAAAAAAUGUCCGGAAAAAGAAAAGCGGAAGGAAGUGGGCCGUCGGCUAGUAAGAAGAGGAAACACACGCCAGCACAGAUCUCUUUAAGUAUACUGGAUUCGACUUCUAUACAUCCCGAGUCGUACGCAACCGCCAAAGAACUGCUCAACUUGUGCAAUGGCAGUUUAUCAGAUAUUGGGAAACCACGAAUGAAUGAAAAUAUUGAUCGUCUAAUUAAGAACAAAGGUUUUCCAGGGCUUUGUUCGUCGCUAAAAUGUGACCCGGAAACUUUGCGUCUCAUCGUAAAUGGGUUGUGUCAAGGUAUUGGUUAUGACAUAAGACGAGAUUUUUCCAAGCCACUGUUCCGAGAAGGAGUUAUGUCGAUCGAUGAUCUCAGAGUCAACACGCGUCUUUCGGGACGAGUUACGAACGUUACGACAUUUGGAGCGUUUGUAGACAUUGGUGUUGGUCGUGAUGGACUGGUACACAAGUCGAAGUUACCUUUAUCUGGAGACCUUGGUGCUGGUGAUAUUGUUGAAGUUGUGUGUACUGAUAUAGACAAAACGAAUAAUCGAAUAUCACUUCGAUUGAUAUAGCUGUUGUGGUUUCUAGUUCAAUUGACUGUAGAAGCAUGUUUUGGGUAGUUACCCUGGUAUAAAUCACAGGGAUAAGUUGUAGCUAAUGUCUAACCCUACGCUAUGACAUGAAUGAUGACAAUAAUCACUGAUGAGUUUCCAUUUGGUGGUUGAGAAAUACGGUGUGCAGA